AGGGCACGUGGGGAGGGAGGGGUCGCGCUCUGAGCACUUCCGGGGGGGCGCAAAGCGCUUCCGGGGCGCCAUGGGGCCCGGGGUGGCGCGCACCCUGCGCCUGGCCUGGGGGGUCACCGCCCGCCGCCGCCUCCACGGCACCGCGCCCGCCCGCGCCCCCCCCCUCAUCCCCAUCGUGGUGGAGCAGACGGGCCGGGGCGAACGCGCCUACGACAUCUACUCCCGCCUGCUGCGCGAACGCAUCGUCUGCGUCAUGGGGCCGAUCGAUGACGGCCUGGCCAGCCUGGUGAUCGCCCAGCUCCUCUUCCUCCAGUCCGAGAGCAACAAGAAGCCGAUCCACAUGUACAUCAACAGCCCCGGCGGGGCGGUGACGUCAGGCUUGGCCAUCUACGACACGAUGCAGUACGUGCUCAACCCGGUGUGCACGUGGUGUGUGGGGCAGGCGGCCAGCAUGGGCUCCCUGCUCCUGGCCGCGGGGGCCCCGGGCCAGCGCCACGCCCUGCCCAACGCCCGCAUCAUGGUGCACCAGCCCUCGGGGGGGGCGCGGGGCCAGGCCACCGACAUCGCCAUCCAGGCCGAGGAGAUCCUGCAGCUCAAGCGCCAGAUCAACGGCCUCUACGCCAAACACACCGGGCAGCCCCUCCCCGUCAUCGAGGCGGCGAUGGAGCGGGACCGUUACCUCAGCCCCGUGGAGGCGCAGGAGUUCGGGCUGCUCGACCGGGUGCUGGUGCACCCCCCACCCCGCGGCGAGGACGAGCCCCGGCUGGUGCAGAAGGAGCCCCCCCCCCGCCCCCCCCGUGCCCCCCGACACCCCCCCGGGGCCCUGACACCCCGCACGGGGGGGGGUUGGGGGGGGGGUUUGGGGUGGGGGGGGGGGUGUGGCGUGUGUGUGGCAUCGUCGUCCCCCCCCCAACCCCGCGCGAUUUCGCUGUACCCCCGGCAGGAAUUAAAGGGCUGCGGACCCCGACUGAAAACUACAUUUCCCGGCGUGCCCCGCGCCGGGCGCUCAUUGGCCGCUGCCGCCAUCCAAUGGGAGGCGGGGGGCGGGGCCAGGCGGGGGAUUUGA